AUGUAUGGAGCAAAAUGUUGGGCAACCAAGAAGAGUAAUGUGAAUAAACUGAGUGUAGCGAAAAUGAAAAUGUUGAGAGAUGAAUGGCUCUUUGACAGCUUGACAUGCUUCCUAAAUCCUAAUUGUCAACAUAUAACUUCUGAGUAUUCCCUCAUUCAGUGUGGAUUAGUUUUCAUCUUGCAUGUGCAGGCUGCAAAUAUCGAAGUUGAAGCCCCUGGAUUACAUGAAAGCCAGUACCAUCUGACAAAGCAUGAAUAUCCAAGCCUCGGACAUGGAAAAUAUCGUGAGUGGAGUACAACUGAAUCAUCGGAUGAUAUUGAAAAGCAAGAGCUUGAGGAACUGUCAGAUGAAGUUGAGACACAUUUUUUUGACACAAAGGAUUCUUUCAGCGAUUCUGCCUUUGGUUAUCGAUCUAUAACGGGAGUGCUGGACGUUGUGGAUAAGUGUUCGACUCACUCUGAUGCUGUGGAUAGAAUGCAUGUGGUGGCCGAAUUUACUAACUGCAGUUAUCCUCAUAUUGAAAGGCGAAAGAAACUUCCUGACCCUGUUGAGCAAGAGAAGGGUGUCAGCCUUUGGUCAAUGAUAAAAGACAAUGUUGGAAAGGACCUUACUCGAGUGUGUCUUCCUGUUUACUUCAAUGAACCGAUAUCAUCCUUACAGAAGUGCUGUGAGGACUUGGAGUACUCUUAUCUUCUAGAUCGAGCAUUUGAUUAUGGAAAAAAGGGAAAUAGUCUACUCAGAGUUUUGAAUGUUGCUGCCUUUGCGGUCUCUGGAUAUGCUUCUUCUGAUGGUCGGCAUUGCAAACCUUUCAAUCCUUUGUUGGGGGAAACUUAUGAAGCUGAGUAUCCUGAUAAAGCAAUCCGCUUCUUUUCAGAGAAGGUCAGUGUCCAAUAACAUAGCAGCACCUAAAAAACAAAAAAGAAUUCUUCUUACAUGGGUCCACCGAGGAAUCUAUGCUGAGUUGUUGAAUGAGAUAUGCACAUGCUUCUUCUGAUUGCAGCAUUAUUGUUAUGUAAAGGCAUGGGGUCAACUAGUCAAUGGUCUUGUUUGGCCAGUGUAUUAUUGUUGUUUAAUGGAACCCUUAUCCCUAUAUUUCUUCCAGUGAGAUGUUAUUUAAUAAAGAGAAUCAGAAACUUGAUCUGAUAA